UUUUUUAGUUCUGAAAAACUCUUCUGAAGAGAAUCAAAUUUAGACGUAAUUGAUGUUUACCCAGAAUAAGCAAUCACAUUCUGUUAUGUUUAGCCUAAUUUUAUAGUGGGUUUUUCUUCAAUUUAGAUGUAAAUUUAUUUUCUCUGAUGACUAUUUUAGCUGUCUGAAUCGUCACGUUAUAGAUCACUAGCCAAUUUAAGAUACAAAAGUUUCGUACUUUCUUUUUUUCUUCCUCUGAUUCGUUGGGAACUUGGAUGUAGGUCUUUUUCGAAAUUCAGACUUCUUUAGUGUUUUGAUCAGAGUUGGUGGAACUAAUUUUAUACACUGAUCUCAUCGAUGACGGCACUCUCUAGUCUCUAAUGAUGUUUUGUUUUUUUCUCUUUCUCUAGAUCAUUGGCCUUAGGUUGUUGUGUUGACUGUUGAGUAGAGAAAGACUUCUAUUUGUUUUUGAACCUCUCUGUUGAAGGUAAUGGCGGAACUAAAUGGAGUCAUGCCGACCAUAGACUUAGGAGAGGUUUCUGAUAAGAUUUUGAAUCAGAAAAUCCGUGAAGCGAGUGAGAGAUGGGGAUGUUUUAGGGUGAUCAACCAUGGGGUUUCAUUGUCUUUGAUGUCUGAGAUGAAGAAGACUGUUAUUGAUCUCUUUGAGCGUCCAUACGAGGUGAAACUGCGUAACACCAAUGUGUUACUAGGUAGUGGUUACAGGGCUCCAAAUGAAACCAAUCCUUACUAUGAAGCACUAGGCCUCUAUGACAUGUCUUCUCCUCAAGCUGUCAAUACCUUUUGUGACCAACUCGAAGCUUCUUCAGAACAAAGGGAGAUUAUGGUCAAGUAUGCAAAAGCUAUCAAUGGUCUUGCAACGGAUUUAGUGAGGAGGUUGGCAGAGAGUUACGGGCUGGUUGAGAAUGACUUCUUCAAAGGAUGGCCAAGCCAGUUUCGGAUUAACAAAUAUCAUUUUAAACCCGAAGCGGUCGGGAAGCUCGGUGUGCAGUUACACACGGAUUCCGGGUUCUUGACCAUUCUUCAAGAUGAUGAAAAUGUUGGUGGACUUGAAGCUAUGGACAGUUCUUCAGGAAAGUUUUUCCCCAUAGACCCGUUGCCAAACACGCUUGCUAUCAACCUCGGUGACAUGGCUACGAUAUGGAGCAAUGGAAGAUUGUGCAAUGUGAAGCAUAGAGUGCAAUGCAAAGAAGCAACAAUGAGGUAUUCUAUCGCCUCCUUCUUAUUGGGACCAAUGGAUACAGAAUUGGAACCUCCAUGUGAGUUUGUGGAUGCAGAACAUCCGAGACUAUACAAGCCUAUUAGUCACGAAGGGGUACGAAAUAUUAGAAUGACUAAGAAAUUGCAUGAUGGAGAAGCUCUCAAGCUUAUCACCUAUGAAGAGUUAGAUAAUUGACCUGGCUACAGGGCAUUGUAAGAUGGUUGCGUUAUGGAAUUAGAAAACUGCAGAUUAUUGUCAAAGUCCCUAGGAAUGAGAAAUAAAGAUGUAUUUUAUUGUUUUAUUUGUGGUUCGAAAAUAAAGAUGUAUACCUAUUGGAUUGUUGCACAAUAUAUGAAAUUUUAACCUUUAGUU